AUGGCUUGCAAAGCCGCCAAUUCGAGCAUCAUCGAGCUCAGUAUCUCCAUGAUCGAGCAAUGCAUCACCAAGAAAAACCUCAGCCUCGGCAAGCUUAUCCAUGGCCGCCUCCUGAAGAGCGCGCUUACUCUCCACACCCUCCUCGCCAACCGGCUUCUUGAUAUGUACUCCAAGUGCGGCACUUUCGACCACGCCCAAGCACUGUUCGAUGAAAUGCCCCACAGGAAUCACCAGUCUUGGAACACCAUUAUCGGAGCUUUAUCUCAUGCCGGGCACCUUCAUGCCGCUCGGCAAUUGUUCGACGAAAUGCCUGAACGAAACCUCGUCAGCUUCAACACUAUGAUCUCAAGCCUAGCACACUCCGGGCAUCAAAUGGAAGCUCUAUCUCUCUUUCGCCGACUGCGAAGAGAUAGCAUGGUUGAUGAGAAGAUGGAUAGAUUCACCGUUGUCGCUGUCGCAAUGGCGUGCGCUAGGUUGGAAGAUCUCCACGCUGUACGGCAGCUUCACGCGGCCGUGGUUGUUUCUGGGCUGGAGAUGAACCUUAUAAUGCCCAACGUGAUGAUCGAUGCCUACGGGAAGUGCGGCUAUGCAGAGGCUUCGUCUUCUCUCUUCGAUCGAAUGGGACUGAGAGAUGUCGUCUCGUGGACAUCGUUGAUCGGAGCAUACACGCGAGCAAACCAGCUCGAAAAAGGCUUGUCAAGUGUUCGAAAGAAUGCCUGUCAGAAACUCGGUAUCAUGGACGGCGUUGAUUUCAGGGAACGAGCAACACGGACAUGA